AUGGCCGGCUUUGCUGCGAUCGUAUUAACAUUAGCUAGCUGUAUGUGUUUUGGGACAACGGCGCAGGCCAGCUGUAGCACUGUAGGUGCUGCAGGUUUAUUGGGAUGUGAAUGUAACUUUCUCGGCGCUUGUGAUGUUCGUGGAAAUAUAGUGGUUGGCCUAAACAUAUUGAACCAUUCGCCAUACGGUCUAGAACGGUACGCACAUGCCAAAAGCGUUGUCUCUGGAAAAGAUUUCAGUUUUUUAUGCGAAUAUAACACGGUAGCAAUUCUUUAUGACUGUAACAAUCGAAUACCACUUUACUCAGCGACAGUAGUUAACGGAAGCCAACUAUCGGCAGAGGAAGGCCGCCGCCCAAGAGGAAGGGAAGGAACAUUUCGAGAAAGCAGAACGGCACUGGAUAGACGUUUUCAGCAAAACACAGAUGACUACUGGCAGGCCUCUAAACGCGAAGUUUACUAUAAGAUACGAGGACCACCACUGAGAAAGUCGAUAGAUAGAAAUUGGUACAAUAAAUUGAACCCGACGUCGUCUUCAGGUAAUAAGGUUAAAGUUGUGUUGCACAGGGGACACUUGAUAGCGUCCCGGUACGGCAUAGGGGAUCAAGAAAAAAAGAAACAGACUUUCGUUUACACUAAUGCCGUUCCUCAGUUUGGGGAUUUUAAUUCAGGUCCAUGGAAAACGUGUGAAGGUUACCUCAUUCGGUGGGGUCAAGUUAAUUGUUUGAGGGAAGGAACAGCAGAUGUGGUAGGAAACGUUCGGAUGUUUAUUGUUGUCGGAGUGAUUCCAUCGACCUUUAAUGGUCCUUCAGAAACGAGAUUCUUUGGUAGAGGUGGAUUCAGUAACUACCAGGAUGAUUCGAGUUUUCGUGUUAACGUCCCUUCAGAGAUGUGGACUGCUUCCUGCUGUACCUUUGAAUUAACUAGCGGCGGACGAACCGACUUCGUUACCAAAAAUACGGCUUUUUGGAGAGAAAACGUUCCAGGAAAGGAUGUAUGUCGAAAAAUAGACGUGGAUACGUUGGAAAGAAAGCUAACGCCGAGGGGGGAAACUAGAAUUAAUUUCUUUCCGUCCUCUAAUCAAUGCAGGAGUAGUGCCAACUAUGAACCUCUGCAUUGA